AAGAGAUAAGAGAUGGAUGUCACAGGAGCAAGAUCAUACCAGUUGGAAUUGCUGGACUCUGCGAUAGAGAAAAACACCAUUGUAUUGCUAGGGACGGGCGCCGGGAAGACCUUCAUUGCUGUCCUUCUCAUUAAACAAUUCUCUCACGAGAUACUGGACUCUUUUAGGGAUAACCCUAACUCCAAGAGAACCAUAUUCCUAGUCACCACUGUUGCAUUAGUAACUCAGCAAGCUAACUACAUUAGAACACACAUAGACCUUAAUGUCGGGACUUAUUACGGGGAGAUGGGCGUUGAUGCCUGGCGUCUCACAAAAUGGAACUCUGAGCUGGAGUGUAACCACAUUCUUGUGAUGACACGUCAGAUCUUCCUUGAUAUGCUGAGUCAUGGUUUCAUCUCAAUGUCACGCGUUAACUUGAUCAUAUUUGAUGAGUGUCAUCACGCAGUGAAGAAUGACCCCUACGUUCAAAUAAUGAAGCAUUACAAUGACGAGAGAUAUAUGUGUAACAAGCCCCAUAUAUUGGGUCUGACUGCCUCUAUUAUCAGCGGCAAGUGUAAACCAGAUAAACUCGAAGAAAGAAUCAGGAAGCUUGAGGCUACCCUUAAUGCUAGAGUUGAGACUGCUACGGAUUUGGCAGAAGUUGCUAAAUAUGCCACCAACCCUCAGGAAAGCCUCGUAACAUAUGGAGCUACUUCUAAUCAGCAUCAUUCUGAACUCACUGUGCGUCUAAAGUCGGUCAUAUCUGAAACAUUGAAAUUUAUGUAUCAAGCUCCACAGUCUAGUAGAGCAGGCACUGUCCCAAGUAGAUUGCAGUGCUAUCUUGAAGAGUGCAUAUAUGUCAUGGAGAAUAUCAGUAUCACCAGUGCAGUAGAGGCUGUGAGACUUAUAGAGACAGAGAUCAAAGAUAUGCUAGAUGAAGGAGACGCUGUAGGUGAAUGGGAUAUCACAUUAUGUCAUCUCUUGCUCUUAAAAUUGUCAAUAUUUUCAAGCCAGUGCAAUGAGCUGCUUUUUGAUGGUGUGAAUGACCACAGUCCUAAAUUUUCAAAGCUUUUAGAAAUCCUCUUAAACCUAAGAAGCAGCCAGGCUGAAGAUUUUUGUGGCAUCGUAUUUGUAGAGCAAAGAAUGACGGCAAUGUGUCUCUCACAGAUAAUUACAGAAAUAAAGUUACCAGGGAUAAGGUGUAGCUUCAUUGUUGGCCAUGCCUCGUCGUCCGGUAAGAUUAUGGAGAAGAAGGUUAGUGGAAGUGGAGGUAUGAACGCAAAGAAGCAACAAGAGGUUCUGAAGAAAUUCCGCUCUGGAACACUUAACUUACUCAUAGCAACAAGCGUUGUCGAGGAAGGACUGGACGUGAGGAAGUGCAACGUUGUGAUUCGCUACGACUUUCCAAAGACGUUUCAAUCGCACGUACAAUCGAAAGGAAGAGCCCGUGCCAAAGACUCAAGAUAUUUGGUACUGAUUGACCAAACACAAGAAAGCAAGUGUACGUGUGAUAUAAAAGAGUAUGCUAAACUGGAGGAAAUGUUGGCCUCUCUUUGUCAUAAUCGCGAGUCACCGGAUGAGGAUGAGGUUUCACGUCAGCUCAUGCACCUCAUGAAACCAUAUCAACCAUACGGACCAUCGGGACCUUCACUUCCUAUUGAUAGCAGCUUAUCACUACUACACAGGUAUUGUCAAAAGUUACCUGGAGAUCAGUACACAGUAAUGGCACCUGAUUUUAAGCUAGAACCAGUUGAUGAUGCAAUAUGUCAGCUUGAUGGUAGACGUUAUGAGACACUCUUUAUGUGCACUGUAUACUUACCAACUUGUUCACCAGUCAGAUCAGCACAGGGUAUAGCAGUGCCUCGUGUUAAUCUUGCCAGACAGUCAGCAGCAUUCAUUGCAAUACAGGACCUUCACAAAGCCGGAGAGCUUGACGAGCAUUUGAAGCCUUUGUCUCGCGAUGAUGAUGAUUCUGAUGAUGAGAACAAAGAGAAAAAAGAAGCAAAGAAAAUAAAAAAUGCAGGAACUAACAGAAAAGUGACAUAUUACAAGAAUGAGGUUCCAAGUUGUCUUAAAGAGAGUUUCCCUUAUAUUGGUAAGAAUUUCCUGUAUGUGUUUAUACUGGGGGAAGGAACUUCAUUGACUACACUUGGUAUUCUCACUAGUAAACGGAUCCCAGUUACUAAAAUUCCUCAAUUUCCUCUCUUCGCUGGCCAUUCAACAAUAAAUGUCUCCUUUGAAGAACAUUUAUUCGAUGCUACAAUACAAGAACUGGAGGUACUAAAGAAAUUCCACGAGAUAAUUUUCACGGAUAUUAUAUCAAUUAAAGGAGAAGACCUUAAGCUCUCUUUUGAAACUUCAGACAGUUCUUAUCUCAUAGUCCCGGUCACUGUCUAUCAGCUUGGUUGUCCACUACAAUGCUUUGUGGAUAUAGAAACAGCAAAAAAUAUGAUAAUAGCAGCUGAGAGGGGAAGGAAAGCGGAGGAUCUUGCUUCUCCUACUUGGCCUUUUGACUGGCCAGAUAAACUUGUCUUUAAAUCUUAUGUUGAAGAAACGUCUCAUGAUCAGUUCCAGCUUUAUGAGGUCCUGUCUUACAAUCCAGAGGAAACUCCUUUAUCUCUUUUUCCAGGAGAAUCAACCAAAUCCUAUUUUGAGUAUUUUUUAAAUAAAUACGGCUACUCUAUUGUGUAUAUAUGUGAUCCAUCUCUGACUUGCAAACCAGUCAGCAUGGGAGUGAAUGGUGUAAGGUUAUUGGUAUCGCGUUUUAAAGAUACCAACAGAUCCUCUGCCUCUGCUCCUGAUGAUGAAUCCUCUCAAAGGUCAAGUGAGAUUCGAUUAUUUCCAGAGCUAUGCAAAGUGUGGCCUAUCCCGGCCUCUUUCUGGAAAUUGUGUCGCUGUGUGCCGUCAAUCAUUCACAGGCUGGUUGGGUUUUUAUUGGCAGAGGAGCUUGCCCAGUCCAUAUCGAGUUUUACUGGAAUAGGAGUGACAGAAGUUUACGAAUAUCGAUGUCAUCCUGAUAUUAUGAGGGAAGGAGAGCCAAAUGAAAUGGAACACAACAGUGAGUCUGUAUUUCAUUGGAGAGAUGGUGGUUACAUUGUUGAUGCUGAUACAUCAAACCAGCUGCAUUCACAAGUCAAUGCUGAGGGCGUAAUAAGAGGUCCUUCUAAUUCUCUACUCCUUCAGUCACUAACUGGUACUUCUGCUAAAGAUUCCUUUGAUCUCGAGAGAUUGGAAACACUCGGAGACUCAUUCCUCAAACUCGCUGUCUCUGUGAGUCUCUUUUGUGGCCGUGGUAAAGACCACGAGGGGAAGCUCACUCGCUCUCGUAUUAACAGGAUCUCUAAUUUUAAUCUUUCAUUUCUUGCAAAGAAGAAGGGCCUACCUGGCCUGUUACAGACCGAGCAGUUUGAGCCUCUUAGUGGGUGGAUACCGCCUGGCUUUAGCUUAAGUCUGGACUCUGCUUUACCUGAUCAUGUUCCUCCUAAUACUCUACCAGCUGUUAUACAAAAAUACUAUUACCAUAAAGUCACUGAUAAGGGAAUUGCAGACUCAACUGAGGCGUUGCUGGGUGCGUACCUCAUUGCCGGGGGACUGGGAGCAGGAUUUAGUUUCCUUGACUGGCUGGGACUUCAAAAGCCAACAGAAUCAUCUUCCUUCUCUCAAGAUGUGACAAUGAGCUCUUGUAAUGUAAGCAGAAAGCAAUCACAGAGCAGCUUGAUGAGCAUUGAAGAAGCAUCUCCUUGCAUUAAUCCAAUUUUAUUACAAAAUUCUACUCACGUUUUCUCUUCUUGCUGCCUCCCUCCACCACCCUCACUGCUUGAUAGCAGCGCACCAGAUACCACAAUAGACAAGUUGCUCUCUUCAGCAGUCCCUGGAGGAGGCAGGAGUUCACUGUAUGAUAAACUAAGCUGGGAUUUCAGUGACCGUGCUCUCCUGUUGCAAGCCCUCACCCACCCAUCGUACAGCAAUAAAAAUAGAGUCACUCGCUCAUAUCAAAGAUUAGAGUUUCUGGGAGAUGCUGUAUUGGAUUAUCUCAUUACUUGUUGCCUCUAUACUGAGUUCCCAUCAUACACUCCUGGUCAGAUUACUGAGACCAGAUCUGCACUGGUCAAUAAUGUCACUUUUGCUGAGAUUGCUGUCAAGAAGCUCUCCCUUCAUACCUAUCUUCUUUAUUUGUCUCCCUCGCUUUUUCGAAAGAUCACAGAGUAUGUGGAGUUCCUUCAAGAGGAUGAGAGGGAGAGUGGCAGUGAAAAAGAAUUAAUUUAUUGUCGCUUUGGUGAUCAAUCUGAGAAUGUCCAUGAAGAAAUGAAUGGUGACAUUGCUAUGCUUGAAGAAGAGGAAGAGGCUGAUAUAACAGAGUUAGAGCCUCCCAAAGUAUUAGGGGAUGUCCUUGAGUCUUUGGCUGGUGCUCUGUUUCUAGACAGUGGAAUGAGCCUGGAGACUGUAUGGUCAUACUUCUAUCCUUUCUUCAGGCCACUUAUUGAGAGUUUUAAAGAGAAGGGCCCACCAGUUCAUCCUAUACAAGAACUAAUGAGAACUGAGCCAUCAGUUGAAAUAAUGCAGAGUUCAACUCGGAGAUCAAAGCAUCGUUGCACAAUAAAGGUGAUUGAUAAGGAUAUUCAGGUCUCUUGCAUUGCUGAGAGUUAUAAAACUGCAAAGAAUGGAGCUGCCAAAAGAGUCAUCAGAAAAAUCAAAGAAAUCGGGAAAAAUCGGCAAGAUAUGGCUGACGAUUAACAAUCAUCAAAAUGACA